AUGGAAUCUAUGAAGGAGUUCGCCCUCCGCCGUUUUCCGAAGCUAGGCAGAUGGUUCUGCACCGAGGCCGACGCCGGCGCCGAUCAGGCCGUUCCCAGCGAUGGCCUGCAGGCCUUCUCCCUCGGCCUGAAUAAGCGCCUCGCGCACGACGCCGGCAGGAGGAGCAACCUGGUCUUCUCGCCGCUGUCCGUCUACGCCGGGCUCUCGCUGGUAGCCGCGGGCGCCCGCGACCGCACCCUCGACGAGCUGCUCGUUGUCCUCGGCGCGCCGUCGCGGGACUUCCUCGCCGGCGACGUCCGUGCGCUGGCCGAGCAGGCCCUCACGGACCAGUCCAAGACCGGCGGCCCGCGCAUCAGCUUCGCGUGCGGCGUGUGGCAUGACCGGACCAUGCCCAUCCGCCCCGCCUACCGCGAUGCCGCCGAAUCCUUCAAGGCCGUCGCCCGCGCCGUCAACUUCCGCCAAAAGCCGGAGGAGGCUACGGAGGAGAUCAACGCAUGGGUGUCGGCGUCGACGGACGGCCUCAUCCCCUCCAUCCUUAGCCGGGGCGCGCUGUCAGACCUCACCGACCUGGUGCUCGCCAACGCCAUCUACUUUAAGGGCAAGUGGGCGAAGCCAUUCGCCGGGUAUCUCACCCAGCACGACAAGUUCCACCGCCUUGACGGCACCGCCGUCGAUGCCCCCUUCAUGCGCGGUCUCGGCAGCCACAACAUCGCCUGCCACGAUGGCUUCAAGGUGCUGCAGCUCCGCUACGAGGAAGGGCACGGCCCCUUGCUGCCCCAGCCACCAGCUCUAGCUCCCACGCCUGUGCCGAUCUACUCGAUGUGCGUCUUCCUCCCCGAUGCGCGCCGCGGGCUGUGGCGGCUCACCGACAAGAUCGCGUGCAACCCCGACUUUCUGCGCAAGCACUUGCCGAGGAACAGUGUCCUGGUCGGCGACUUCCGGCUACCUAAAUUCAAGGUAACCUUCGGCAUGACGAUGAACGACGUACUCCAGGAAAUGGGGGUCAAGGAGGCGUUCGAGCUGGGGAAGGCCGACCUGUCCAACAUGGUGGAGAACGGCGGAAGGAGGAAGAUGGCGCUGGAAAAGGUGAUCCACAUGGCCGUCAUCGAGGUGAACGAGGAAGGCACAGAGGCGGCGGCCGCCACUUACAUGACGCGCCUUGGAUGCACACCGGACUCGCGGCCGCCUGCACCGUGUGUGGACUUCGUGGCUGACCAUCCAUUUGCCUUCUUCAUCGUCGAGGAGGUGUCAGGCGCGAUUCUGUUCGCGGGGCAUGUCCUUGAUCCCACCAUCAAGUGA